UCUCUUUCUGACAGCUUCCUAUGAACUUCUCCCUUUGGGGUUUCCCUUUCCUGGUGACCAAGGGGAACUGAACACAGCAACCUGGCAGUGUCCUAGCAACAAGCCUCCGCUUCUUCUUCUGUACCCUGGGGCUCCUGAAACUCACCUGGGUUAGUAGAGACACAGUGGAGAAAUAAAUAAAUACGUCUUUUGAUAAAUGGGAAGAAGGAUAUCUUCAAAAAAGAGUUUCAGGUGUUGGAGAUGGCUUUGGAAAUGGAUACAUGUGCAGGACACGCAGAUUUGUUACAUAGACAUACGUGUGCUACAGUGGUUUACUGCACCUACCAACCCAUCAUCAUCUAAGUAUUAAGCUCUGCAAGCAUUAGCUAUUUAUCCUGAUGCUCUUCCUUCCUCACUCAUCCCAUGGGCCCUGAUGUGUUUUGUUCCCCCUCCUGUGUCGAUGUGUUCUCACUGUUCAGCUCCCACUUAUGAGCUGUGUGGAUGGAGAUACAGAAAGAGGACGCAUUUUUUCUCAUUCCAUCACAGAGUGACUCAGCAAAAUGAAACAGAUGUGACAGUAGCAGUUUUCUUUCCUCCUCAGAUCAUAUUCCAUGAAGAAUCUGAAAGAUCAUGCCACCCAAGCAUGGAAAAGACGUGCAACACACAAAAUAUCCUAAUACGCAAGGAUCAGGUGGAGGAAGAGGAAUCACUGUCCAGCUUUCCUCCUCAGUAUCAACAGCUUCAACCCUUUGAGGAUGAGGAUUCCAGCAUAUCAGAAGAUCAGGAAUCUUCACAGGAACAUGGUUCAGGAGUUGGUUACUCAGAAGAGCAUCAGGUAGUUUCCUGUUGUGCUGCUAAACUCCAUUUUGAGGUCAAACGAGAUUAUAAAAAUCCUCAGUUUCUGGGGCCUGAAGGAAAUGUGGAUGUUGAGCUGACUGACGAGAAUGCAAACAGAUACAGCAUUCGGUUCCCUGCUGCUGGCUGGUAUCUGUGGUCAGCCACAGGCCUCGGUUUCGUGGUAAGGGCUGCGGCCACGGUGAGGAUUGCAUUUGGUUCCUGGAGUCAGCACCUGGCCCUGGACCUGCAGCACCAUGAACAGUGGCUGGUGGCCGGCCCCUUGUUUGACAUCACUGUAGAGCCAGAGGAGGCUGUCUACGAAAUCCACCUCCCCCACUUCAUCUCCCUCCAAGCAGGUGAGGUGGACAUCUCCUGGUUCCUUGUUGCCCAUUUUAAAGAUGAAGGGAUGGUCCUGGAGCAUCCAGCCCGGGUGGAGCCUUUUUAUGCCGUCCUGGAAAACCCCAGCUUCUCUCUGAUGGGCAUCCUGCUGCGGAUUGCCAGCGGGACUCGGUUCUCCAUCUCCAUCACCUCCAAUGUAUUGAUGUAUUAUCACUCCCAUCCCAAAGAUAUUAGGUUCCAUUUGUACCUUGUUCCCAGCGAUGCCUUGAUAAGGAAGGCAAUAGAUGAUGAGGAAGAUCGCUUCUGUGGUGUGCGUCUACAGACUUCACCUCCAAUGGAACCCCUGAACUUUGGUGCCUAUUAUAUUGUGUCUAAUUCUGCUCAUCUGGAAAUAAUACCCACGGAGUUGAAAUUGUCCUACAGGAGUCCUGGAGAAAUCCAGCCCUUCUCGAAAUUCUAUGCUGGGCAGAUGAAGGAACCCAUUCAAGUUGAGAUUACUGACAAAAGACACGGGACUUUGGUCUGGAAGACUGUGGUGAAGCCAGUGGACAUCCAGCUUGGAGCUGCAGCAGCCCCUCCUGUUUCAUCAGAACGAGCGAUGCCAGAGAAAAAUGAGUGUGAUUUACUUAUUGGAAGGCAUGAGGACAUGAUGUCCACACAAGGAGUACCAACAGUAAAUUCUUGGGGUGCAGCCUUUGUAAAGGAGAACCUCCGGCAACUCCAAGUCAGGAUGGGGGACCUGAAGGGGGUGCUCGAUGAUCUCCAAGACAGUGAGGUUCUCACUGAGAAUGAGAAGGAGCUGGUGGAACAGGCAAAGACACAGCAGAGCAAGAACAGGGCUCUGCUGAGCAUGGUGGAGAAGAAAGGGGACCCAGCCCUGGAGGAGCUCUACAGAAGCAUUAGUAAAAGGGACCCUUACCUUGUGCUCCAUCUUAGACAGCAGACUUUGUAAAGUGAGUCAGUCCGAGUCUCUGGAAGAGAGAAUCCAGCGUUCUCAUUGGAAAUGGAUGAAGAGAAAUGCAUCCUUGAUUCCAGUGUCCAAAAUAGAGGAGGGCUGAGUAACAUUUGCCCAUCACACAGGCUUUUGGGACAGAUACAUAACCUAGAAGAUACUCAUUGGCUGUAUCCCAAUGCCUUUUCCUCAAGAAUAUCUGAAGAGAAAGACUAUACCUUCUGGCCAGACACAGUGGCUCAUGCCUGUAAUCCCAGCACUGUGGGAGGCCAAGGCAUAUGGAUCACCUGAGGUCAGGAGUUCGAGACCAGCGUGGCCAAUG